GUCUAGUAUCUUUUUAUUUUUUUUAAAAUUACAUUGAUAUUGGUAUCAUUACAUCUUGUAUAGCUGUAUUGUGUUUGCAAUGUAUUCUAGGGAAGUAUGCGUGGCUCUGUCUGGAUCGGGCUUCCUGGCAUUGUAUGAGGUUGGUGCCUUGGAGUGCUUACAGAAGCAAUGGCCUCGCUUGCUGCAGACAGCAAAGGUUUCUGGAGCAUCAGCUGGCUCCCUUUUGGCAGCUUGUGUAGUGUGUGAUGUCCCUCUUAACUUUGUGAAGGCCAACUUCUUGGAGACAGCCAAGGAAGCCCAGAGGUGGAAGCUGGGUCCCUUCAGUCCCAAGUUCAAUGUCUCUGAUUAUCUCAACCAGGGAUUUGAAGCCCUGCCCCCUGACGCCCACCUGCGGGCUAACGACAGACUCUUUGUCUCGCUCACAAGAAUUAAGGACGGCCAGAAUGUCAUAAUCUCAAACUGGACAUCACGAGAGGAGUUGAUCCAGUGCCUCGUCUGCUCUUGUUUUAUCCCUGUCUUCUCUGGCUAUCGUUUUCCUUCAUUUCGUGGAGAGAGGUACAUGGAUGGUGGCUUCACUAACAACCUCCCAAUACCAAGCCAGCCAUGCAUAUCCAUCGGCCCAUUUGAGGGGAAGAUUGACAUCUGCCCCAGGAGCAAGAAGGAAAACUCCCCUUACCUGACCAUUGCUAAUGAGACAGUGGCCAUAAACCCCACCAACAUCCUGAGGUUUGUACAGUCCCUAAAGCCUCCUCCCAUCGAGACCUUAGAAGACGCUUAUCAGGAGGGCUACUGGGAUGCUUACUCCUUUCUGAAGGCAAAAACAAGUCAAAAGACAGGCCCUUUGUCUGCAUGAGCUUAAAUUGUUGUGUUCGGUGCGAAAGAGGAAUGUUUAUAUUUUCAUGCCUGAGGGCAGUAAAGGCAUGGGUGUAGGUGUCCACUCUGUAUUUUAAUUUGUAUGGACCAUGAGAUUUAUAACCUAGACAGCCUUCUAAAAAUUGUUUUUU